CCUACAUCGGAUUGUUCGACCACGGGACGCAAGCAAGUUGAAGUCAUUCAACAGCGAAACAUGCAGUCAACCAUUCUGUCCUUGAUAUUAGGAGCUGCAUUUGUUGCACAGGGCUAUUGUUUAAAAUGUUACAACUGCAACAGCCUAACGGAUGCAAACUGUGGUAAAGACAACUUUGGCUUACGUCCAAAGGCGGGAACAUGCAGCGGGAGAAUACUGGACCCAGCAACUAUAUUAACCUCUGCUGUUCAAGAACAAAUGUAUAUGCCAUCGUUAGAUACAUGUUGUGAGGGCGACGAUGUAGUCUGCAUGAAGACAACAGUGAAAGGUAAAAGGUG